AUGCGUUGCUCCCUCCUCCUCCGCUCUCAAGCUAGCUGUAGCUUGCUCACUCACUCUCCCGGAUAUUGUUCUUCUAUGCAAUAUAAUUUGGUCUUUAAUAAUCGGUUUGAGCUGGCUACAAUGGUUACCGUUCUUGCUGCUCGUAAUUGGGUUGUGGUAACUGUGUUGGUUGUGGCGGUUGUUGAUGCAGCGGUUGUUAGUGGAGAUGAUGCAGUUUAUGGUUUUGGGUAUGAUAAGCAUUUCUUUGGACCUGGUUAUGGCGGGGUUGGAGGAGGACUGGGGCAUGGGAUUUUUAGGAAGGGGUUUAGGCAUGGAAGAUUUGGGAAAGGUGGCGGCCUUGGGGGAGGUUUUGGUGGUGGUGGCAUUGGCGGUGGUGCAGGUGGUGGUAUCGGUGGAGGAGCGGGGGGUGGUGCCGGUGGUGGUUUUGGUGGAGGAGCCGGCGGUGGUGCAGGUGGUGGAGCUGGUGGCGGUGUGGGUGGUGGUCUAGGUGGAGGAGCUGGUGGCGGUGCGGGCGGUGGCUUGGGCGGAGGAGCUGGUGGUGGUGCUGGCGGUGGUUUGGGUGGAGGAGCUGGUGGCGGAGCUGGUGGUGGUGCAGGCGGUGGUAUAGGGGGAGGAGCUGGUUGUGGGGCAGGUGGAGGAGCUGGUGGCGGUUUUGGUGGCGGAGCAGGAGGAGGAGCGGGUGGUGGUUUAGGCGGAGGAGGUGGGCAUCGUGGUGGUGGCGGAGUUGGAGUAGGAGGUGGUGGUGGUGCAGGUGGGGGAUUUGGGCAUCAUGGUGGUGGUGGGGGGAUUGGAGGAGGAGCUGGAGGUGGUGCUGGUGGAGGAACCGGUGGUGGGCUAGGCGGAGGGGCUGGUGGAGGGCUAGGCGGAGGGGCUGGUGGAGGUGCAGGCUUAGGUGGUGGGGCAGGCGGAGGAGCUGGUGGGGGGUUAGGUGGUGGAGCCGGUGGAGGUGGUGGAUUAGGCGGUGGUGCAGGUGGAGGAUCUGGGCAUCAUGGUGGUGGUGGGAUUGGAGGAGCUGGAGGUGGUGCUGGUGGAGGAGCCGGUGGCGGGCUAGGUGGAGGACCUGGUGGAGGUGCAGGCCUAGGUGGUGGGGCAGGCGGAGGAGCUGGUGGGGGGCUAGGUGGUGGGCCAGGUGGUGGAGCCGGCGGAGGUGGUGGAUUAGGCGGUGGUGCAGGUGGAGGAUUUGGGCAUCAUGGUGGUGGUGGGAUUGGAGGAGGAGCUGGUGGAGGAGCCGGUGGUGGUUUAGGCGGAGGAGCUGGUGGAGGAGCAGGCUUAGGUGGUGGGGCAGGCGGAGGAGCUGGUGGGGGGUUAGGUGGUGGAGCCGGUGGUGGGCUAGGCGGAGGAGCUGGUGGAGGUGCAGGCUUAGGUGGUGGGGCAGGCGGAGGAGCUGGUGGGGGCUUAGGUGGUGGAGCCGGUGGAGGUGGUGGAGUAGGCGGUGGUGCAGGUGGUGGCGCAGGCGGUGGAGUGGGCGGCGGUGCUGGUGGUGGUGCUGGAGGAGGAUUUGGAGGUGGUGGAGGAGCGGGUGGUGGAUUGGGUGGGGGAGGUGGUGGGGGCGGUGGCUUUGGUGGUGGUGGGGGUUUCGGAGGUGGAUUUGGGGCGGGCGGUGGUGCAGGGUUUGGUGGUGGAGCUGGUUUUGGAGCCGGUGGACGCAAUUGA